AUGAAGAAUCAGGACAAGAGUUCUUUAAAUGGCUCAAAGACUCAGAGAGAAGAAAGAGGACGGACAGAAGCACUGGAUAAAAGACUGAAUGAAGGAUAUUUAUAUACCUUUACACCCCCUGUGAGAUUGGAUUUAGACUAUGACACAAGGCUUUAUGUGCCUGUUCUUACAAGAAGAGCUGUAACAAGAUUUACAAUGAUGGGUCCUCCUGAUUCUGAUAACUUUACACAUAAUCGGAGAGGAGUGAUUCCACGAAGCUUCGAAUAUAUAUUUUUUCUAAUUGAACGUGAAAAAGAAAAGGCUGGUCCUGGUAAAAAAAUUCUCUGUAAGUGUUCAUUUAUAGAAAUCUACAAUGAACAGAUAUUUGAUUUGCUGGAUUGAUCAGCUGGACUCUUCCUCAGAGAACACAUCACAAAAGGAGUAUUUGUUGUUGGUGCAGUGGAGCAAGUGUUGACUUCAGCUGCUGAAGCAUAUCAAGUAUUAACAAUGGGCUGGAGAAAUCGUCGUGUAGCAUCUACCUCAAUGAACAGAGAGUCCUCAAGGUCACAUGCUGUCUUUACUAUCACAGUAGAAUCAAUGGAAAAGAACAAUGAGAUUUUGAACAUCCGUUCCGCUCUACUCAAUUUGGUGGAUUUGGCUGGAUCUGAGGGACAAAAAGAUACUCAUACUGAGGGAGUUAGGUUAAAGGAGGCAGGGUACUUUAACCGAUCAUUAAGUUGCCUGGGCCAAGUGAUCACUGCACUUGUUGAUGUGGGCAAUGGAAAACAGAGGCACAUCUGCUAUAGGAAUUCCAGGCUCACUUUUCUGCUACGGGAUUCACUUAGAGGCAAUGCCAAAACUUGUAUCAUAGCAAACGUUCAUCCAGGAUCCAGAUAUUUUGGUGAAACCUUGUCCACUCUUAAUUUUGCUCAGAGAGCAAAACUGAUCAAAAACAAGGCUGUGAUAAAUGAAGACACCCAAGGCAAUGUAAGGCUAAAAGCCGAAGUGAAGAAACUGAAAGACCAGCUUGCUCUGCUUGCUUCAGGGCAAUCUGUGCAUGAUGCUUCUCUUCCUACAGCUACCAUCUCUCCUGAUGUCGGAAAUACAGAUUAUAUGAACCGUUUCCUUGAAGUAAUGCUGUUCUUGGAAAAAUCUGAAAGUGAAAAAAAGAUGCUGUUAGAAAAAGUUGCCCAGCUAGAAGAACUUUCUGUCAAAAAGGAGAAGUUCAUUCAGUCCAAUAAAAUGAUAGUUAAAUUCAGAGAGGAUCACAUAACCCGUCUUGUAAAGCUACAUAAAGAGUGUCAUGGCACUUUUUUGCCUACGGACCAAGAGGACUUUGUCAGGGAACUGAAGGAGGAGCUAAAGACUCUCAAAGAACAGGUGGAGCACCAUCCACGGGUUGCAAAAUAUGCUAUGGAGAACCAUAUCCUCCGAGAACAGAACAAACAGCUUCGCUCCUCACAAUCAGUGAAAAGGGCCCAGGAAAUGGAUGCUCAGACCAUGGCAGAGUUGGAAAAAAUAUUCGUAGAAAUUUCAGGAAGAGAGUGUAAUAACAGAGGUCAGCCGGUGUGUUCUACCACCAUGUCAAUAGAUAGCAAUACUGCAGCAUCUACUGAAAGGCUGAAGGAACAUCUGCUGCAUAUGCAGAGUGAACUGGCAAGUUCCAAACAAGAACAUGAAGAAUUUAGAGAGCUAACAAAGAAAAAGCAGAUGGAGCUAGAGUCAGAGCUUCACUCUCUACAGAAGGCAAACCAGCACCUUGAGAAAAUUUUGGAAGCAACUAAGGCUUGUAAACGCCAGGAAGUAUCUCAACUUAAUAAAAUCCACAUAGAAACUUUAAAGUGCAUGACUACUCCAACAAAGGCUUAUCAACUAAGGUCUCGACUGGUGUCACGAUUAACCCCUGAAAUGUUUACCCAAGAGUCUACUGAUAUUCAGAGUCCAGGAGAGACGGUGGAUGAUAUUUUUAAUGAGCCAAUGCCUCCUGAGAUGAAUGAACAAGCAUAUGAGGCUAUUGCAGAAGAGCUAAGAAUGGUGCAGGAAGAGUUAAGUUCUUUUCAGAUUAAACUAGAUGCAGAAGAAAGUAAGGGAAUAAAGCUUCAGCAGCAUAUUAAUAAGUCAGAGCACCAUACUUCACAACUGCAAGAGCUUUUUGACUCAGAAAGAAGCGGCUGGCAAAAUAUGCUACCCCGCCCAACCAACGGUUUGGGCGGAAAGCAACCGUUGUGA